AUGGCGGCACUCGCCCCUCUAACAACCCCUCUAGUCCAAUCCACAGCGACCAUCCCCUCAUAUGUCUACGAGUAUGCCCCUCUGGUCUGGCUACACAGCCAAGACGCAUACCGACCCGGCGACCUACAAGCACAGCUUGACCAUACCACGCCCGAUGUCAAUUGGACCGCCAUCCAGGGCGCACCAUCACCACUAACACUGAACAAUCUUGACCAAGUCAAUAAUCUGGGGAACACCAGCGUAUACCUAACAUCCCCUGAGGGCAUCGAUGCCAGUCCCGAGCCAGCUUGGUUCCGGGGUAUCACUCCAGAUGCAGAGGGGCGGAUUGGUGAUGGUACCGGGUGUGCGAUUAUCGUUGUUGAUCAUGGGAAGGGGAAUGUUGAUGCGUUUUACUUUUAUUUUUACCCGUAUAACAAGGGUGAUAUAGUGCUUGGCAUGGAAUUUGGUGAUCACAUCGGUGACUGGGAACACAACAUGAUCCGCUUCGCCAACGGCACCCCCCAAGCACUGUGGUUCAGCCAACACGCCAGCGGCCAAGCCUUUACAUACAACGCCCUCGAAAAGGAAGGCAAACGACCCUACGCCUACUCCGGCAACGGAACACACGCCAACUACGCCGUAAAAGGUAUGCAUAACAGCCAACACGACCACACAAUCCCGGGCCUAAACCUCCCCACGGGCUUCCUCCUCGACUACACAGACCGCGGGCCCCUCUGGGAUCCCACCCUCAACGCCUACGCCUAUACGUACGAUCCCAGCACCAGUAUUUUCACACCAUCGUCUUCGGAUACCCCCGUUGCCUGGCUGUAUUUUAAUGGCCGGUGGGGUGAUGACCAACCUCCCGGGGAACCGACGAUUUUCGGAGAGGCAAAGUACGUUGCUGGACCGGAUGGGCCGAGAUUUAAGACGUUGGAUCGGAAACAUGUUUGUCCGUCGACGCCGUGUGUUGUUUUGCCGUUUAGGAUUUUUGCGGAGUGA